AUGUAUGAAAUGAAAAGAUUUAGUGAAACACAAAUAGACACAUUUAACUCUGCUAAAAUAAAAAAGAAUUUACUCGAUGUUACACACGAUUGUCAAAAAAGUUACAUUUUUUGCAAAACCAAUAAUUUUAAUAAUUUAUUAGGUUUGCAAAUUGAAAAGAAUUUGUUUUAUUUUAAUUUCCUUUUAAGUAUAAAAUAUAAUGAAGAAAAAAAAAAGAAAAAAGAAAAUUUAAAAUAUAAUGAAACAAUAGAUAAUAUGAUAUUAAACAAAUACUACCUCUCUCAAGAUGAAAAAGUUUACCUUGAAAAGAAAGAGGGAGAAAAUAAUGAAAAUUUGGAUAACUUUUUUGAAAAAAAUAUUAAUGUUUUAAUAAAAUACAACUUUUUUUUUUAUAUAAAAAUUUAUAUCCAUAAUAUUUUAAGUAAUGUGGAUAUAUGUGCAUAUGAUAAGCCAAAUGAAACAUUUUUUGAAUUUUUUUAUAUUUUUAAAAAUAAAAAAAAAAAAGUAUCUUUUGAAAAUUGUGAUGACUUAUUAAGUGACUUAUAUUGUGACGUAUCACAUGUUUCUGAUGAUAGUGAUUAUAAUUACUUUUAUGAAAAAGCAAAUCAACUAAACGAGUUUGAAGAAGAAGAAUAUGAAGAAGGUAAAGAAAAUGAAAAAGAAAUUGAAAAAGAAAACGAAAAGGUAAAUGAAAAAAAAAAUGAAUUAGAAAAUGAAAAUAAAAAUGGAAAAGUAGAAUCAUAUAAUGAAAUUCAUGAAAACAAUAUCAUAAAAAAAAAUAUAAAAAAAAAAAUAGACACUCUUACAAAUUUAAAUAUAAAAUUAAAUUUAACAGAAUUUGAAAAAAGAAAUUCAAAUUUUUCUACUGAUGAUGAUAAAAAAAAAAAAAAAAAAAAAGAUAAAAAAUUUGAAAAAUAUUUAUGCCGUUGUUGUAAAAAAAAAAUGAAAAAUAUGAAUUGCACUUUUUCUUUAAAUAAUUCUAAUGUUUGUUUGUUACAAAUUUUCAUUUCUAAUUUAACAAAAAAAGAGCUAUUAUUUUGGGCACAGAUAAAAGAAUGCAUAGAAAACUUUAUAGGAAAUAUAAAAUCAAUAAUUUUUCAUAAAGGAAUGUCAAAUUAUAUAGAAAUACCCUACAUUGAAAUUAUUGAUGAAUUAAAUAAAAUGAAUGAAGAUUACUUAAGAUUUGUAAGAAAAAAAAAGAAAAUAAUAACUUUAAAAAAAGAGCAAAAAAGUAUUAAAUGCUUAUUUGAAAGGACACUAAAUUCUGUAAGAAUUUCAGUCAAAUAUAAACUAAUAUCAACUAAUAAUAAAUUUAAUUAUUUAUUUAAAGAUGUAAUGCAAAAAUAUAAAAAGUUUAUGAGAAAAAAUAUUUUUAACAAUAAUGUUAUAGAAAACAAUAUUUUAAAUAAUGAAUUCACCAAUUCCAUCCACAACUAUUUGAAUCCUAUUGUUUUUAAAAAUAAUUCCGAAAAAAAUUACGAUUUUUCAAUUUUAGUUCAUAAAGGUCAUUUAGAACUGUAUGGAUAUGUAUAUUUAAGGAAUUACAUAUUCUUUUUAUUAAUAAUGAUUGAAGUAUAUAUAUUUAUUAAUUUUAAUGAUAUUAACUAUACUUACUCUAAUAAUACAGAUAUAUUCUUAGAUCAAAUUUUAAAAAACUUAUUUACGUAG